AUGUCUUUCCAAGGUCUCGACCCAGAAAGCCUUGCGCUCGUUAUCGAGCUCCAACUUGCCGAUAUCCAAUCCAUGGCGAAGGGUAAACACAAGGCCGGUGAAAUGCGGGAUGACCAACUUGCGAUGGAAACGUAUCGAAGGGAACUCACAUCGAUGAGCCAAUGUAUCGCUGAUCGGAGGUUGUGUGAUAGCAUGGCUCGGGCCGUCGAGCAGGACGCCGAUGCGAUUGCAGCACACACACAAAUUGAGGAGCAGGCCGUCAAUGAUCGAAUGGAGGCACUGCGACUCGAUCCUGAACUAUCGAAGACUGCAGCUCAAAAACAUGUGCCUUCCGACCCGCUUCGGGGCAUGUUCAAGAACCUUUCCGUGUCCCAUGACGAUGACGCAAAUUCCGUCUCUGCAGCGCCAGAGUCAUCCUCCUGGGCGGCCAAGCGCGGGGCGGCGAUGAAUACGAAACGAGAAUGUGUUUCUUGCGGCGAAGUGGUACCACCUCUUCAGGAUAUCCGCCACAGACGAGUCGCUGUUUCCUCCUCGUUGCUGUAA